CGGCUUCUCAUCAUUCCCUCUUCAUAAUCUUCCACCAUGUCUUUAUGACCGACCAAUGCCCUAACACAAUUCUAUAUCUCAUCGAAUGAUUAAGCUAAGGACACGCAAUGUCCAACACCAUAAAGGCACCCUCCCCACGCCUCCUCUCGCACCUAUUCACCUCCCUCUCAACCACACCGCGCCCCUGGCAUCUCCGUCGCAUACUCCGCAGCGACAACCCAGCUGAGAUAAAUGGCGAAUUAACCGGAUCCGCAACAUUCCACGCACUCCCCUCGCCAUCAUCACCAUCAUCAUCGCCGACAGAUCGAUCUUGCGAAAUGGUGUAUAGAGAGGAAGGCGAGAUGCCGAGCGGAAUCAUGGGUAUGGCGGGGAUGAAGUGGAGUAAGAAGUAUAUCUGGCGGAUGAACAACAUACCAAAUAACAGAGACCAAGAGGAAGAAGGAGGGCCGGACGCCCAGGGGAUAAGUGUCUGGUUUGUCAAGAUCCAACCUGGCCCGGACGAGGCUGAUUACCUGUUCCACGAAUUCGACUUUGGGAGUCGAACGUUGACGACUGGGCAAGAGCAGGAAAAGGGGGAGGGAGAGGAUACUAUUGAGCCACCUACUCCGCCACUAGUUGGGGAAAGUGCGACGACGGUUAUCAAGGCGCGAGGAAAUCAUCUGUGUAUCAAGGAUAUGUAUCGCACGGCAUAUUCGUUCAGAGUCGUGCCAGAAACGGGCCAGGUGCUUAGUUGGGCUAGUAGGCAUGUGGUCAAGGGGCCGAAGAAGAAUCAGGAUAUAGUUAAUUUAUAUUUUCUGGAUUAGACGAGUGAUGAGUAUGAUACCAUGAUAGAUUGUUCAUAUACUGUAGCUAAGUGUGAAUGAAGGGGUUAUAUGACUAGGUAGUGUAAAUAAAAUCCGGCUUCUGGUCGCCCAACUCCUCGA